AAAUUGCUUGCUGAAGCUGCCAACGUGGCAUCUAGUACACCCGCGACAAAUUUGUCCGUAAAUCAAAUCGUGGCUCAGUUGCGACACGCGCUGCAGCUCGCGCAUUCGACCACCCGCCUCGCGGACAAGGACAACGGUACAGCGUCAAUCUCAUCCCAACCGACUUCUCCCAGACUAACCAAAGCCUUGGCACAGAUUCUCGCCCAAGGCGGUCUCGACGGGGCCGGGACCAGACGAUCACGUGACCAGAGCCCGAUAAGCCUGAAUGCAAUUCCCAUGACUGCCUUGUCGACACGACACAAAUACAGCAGUGGCUCAGUUCGAUCGGAGGAUUCGAUUGGACCUAAUAUGCCCACGUACAUCUUUUGGUUUUGCCCUGUGGGAGCUCAGUUCAGUUCUCUGACAGAUGUCAAAUCUUCAUCCACCCCGCCCGCGGCUACUCCGUUGGUUCCUGAAUUAGCACACACGGGGUCAACCGGUUACGUAUCCGGUACUACUGGGCUUUCUCAACACGAUCACUCGUCCAGUUCAGUCACGAAACCCCUUAAUCCAUUCGGCGACUCUUCGACGGAUGAUGAGGGCGAGACCGCGAACCGUACAUUGGCGGAUAGCCGAGACCCGGGACUUGGUUCCAUGCCAUCCUCAAAGUCAGCUCAAAAGCACGAACCGUAUCGCACUCCCUUCGAUGAAUAA